AGAAAAAUGGAUUUCAGAAUCAUGGGUGUGGAUUCUCCUCUGUUCUCCACCCUGCAGCAGAUGAUGGACCUGGCCGAUGACACCGACAAGUCGUCCGUCAGCGCUCCUACACGCACCUACAUUCGGGACGCCAAGGCCAUGGCUGCCACUCCAGUCGAUGUCAAGGAGUACCCAAGCUCCUACGUCUUCAUCAUCGACAUGCCGGGGCUCAAGUCCGGGGAUAUCAAGGUCCAGGUAGAGGAAGACAAUGUGCUCGUGAUACGCGGCGAGAGGAAACGGGAGGAGGAAAAGGAGGGAGUCAAGUAUGUGAGGAUGGAGAGGAGGGUGGGCAAGUUCAUGAGGAAGUUUGUGCUGCCUGAGAAUGCCAACACAGAUGCUAUCUCUGCGGUUUGUCAGGACGGUGUACUGACUGUAACUGUGGAGAAGCUUCCGCCUCCAGAACCCAAGAAGCCCAAGAAAAUCGAGGUUAAGAUUGCAUAAGCGCACUGGUUGGUGAUGGGUGACACGAUGGGGUUUACCCUUUUUGUUGGAUUACGGAAAUAAUCGAGUGUUUUGUCUUUCGUGUGUUCUGUCAUUGCUUGUAAGUGGAUUUUGUCUGUUAUAAUUUGUAGGAUUUCAAUGAAGAAAACUCUUCUUGCCAAUGAAGAGUGUGAUAUAUAAUAUGAUAUGGAUAUCCAACAGUUUCUCUUUUU